AUGCCGGGGGCCGGGGCCCGGACGGACGAGGAGGAGGGCGCGGCGCUGGGGGCGGCGGCGGAGGCUGGGGCGGUGCCCGGGCGGGAACCCGCGCGGCUGUGCGGCUACCUGCAGAAGCUGUCGGGCAAGGGCCCGCUGCGAGGCUACCGCAGCCGCUGGUUCGUGUACGACGCGCGCCGUUGCUACCUCUACUACUUCAAGAGCCCGCAGGACGCGCUGCCCCUCGGCCACCUGGACAUCGCCGACGCCUGCUUCAGCUACCAGGGCCCCGACGAGGCGGCCGAGCCCGGGGCCGAGCUGCCGGCGCAUUUCCAGGUGCACAGCGCGGGAGCCGUCACCGUGCUCAAGGCUCCUAAUCGUCAACUCAUGACUUACUGGCUCCAAGAGCUUCAGCAGAAAAGAUGGGAAUAUUGCAAUAGUCUCGACGUGGUGAAGUGGGACAAUAGGACGUCUCCAACGCCAGGGGAUUUCCCCAAGGGCCUUGUAGCUCGAGAUAAUACAGAUAUCAUUUCCCCACACCCAAAUCCUUCUGCAGAAAGAGCCAGAAAUGUCCUAGCUGUGGAAACGGCCCCCGGAGAGCUGGUGGGAGAACAGGCUGCAAGUCAGCCGGCGCCGGGGCAUCCCAAUUCCAUUAACUUUUACUCUCUGAAGCAGUGGGGUAACGAGCUCAAGAAUUCAAUGUCAUCUUUCCGUCCUGGGAGAGGGCACAGUGAUAGUCGGAGGACUGUGUUUUACACCAAUGACGAGUGGGAACUUUUAGACCCACCUCCUAAGGACCUGGAUGAGGCCCUGGUGCAGGAAGACAGGAAGAAGCAGAUGCCUGAGGGAAGCAAAGGAGUCGCUGGCUCAGGAUUCCCCUUCGACUUUGGGCGGAACCCCUACAAGGGAAGGCGCCCUUUGAGAGACAUCAUUGGGUCAUACAAAAACCGUCACAGCAGUGGUGACCCUUCAAGUGAGGGCAAGCCGGCCUCGGACAUGCAGCUGCAGGUGCAGAGCCAGCAGGAGGAGCUGGAUCGGCUCAAGAAAGACCUGGCCAGCCAGAAGGAGCUUGUGCGGCUGCUCCAGCAGACAGUCCGGUCCUCCCAAUACGAUAAGUAUUUCACAGGCCAUCAGAUGGGCCAGGGCGUCCCCGGGGACACUCUGGAGCUUCUGCACCAGAAGGACGGUCAGAUUCUGGGCCUCAGCAGCCAGCUGGAGCGCUUCAGCCUGGAGAAGGAGAGUCUCCAGCAGGAAGUGAGGGCGCUGAAGAGCAAGGUGGGCGAGCUCAGCGAGCAGCUGGGCAUGCUGAUGGAGACCAUCCAAGCCAAGGACGAAGUCAUCAUCAAGCUCAGCGCGUGCGAGGGCAGCGUGUCUUCACCCACCUCGGGGCCCACCUCUCCCCCGCUCACCCCAGGCAGCAGGGACCAGCUGGAGCUGGACAGGCUGAAAGAUAAUCUACAGGGGUACAAAACCCAAAAUAAAUUUCUAAAUAAGGAAAUUUUGGAACUCUCAGCUCUACGAAGAAAUGCAGAAAGGAGAGAGAGGGAGCUGAUGGCCAAGUAUUCUAGCCUGGAAGCCAAGCUCUGCCAGAUAGAAAGUAAAUACUUAAUAUUGCUUCAAGAAAUGAAGACUCCAGUUUGCUCCGAAGAGCAGGGCCCUGCCCGGGAUGUCAUAGCCCAGUUGCUGGAGGAUGCACUGCAGGUGGAAAGCCAAGAGCAGCCGGAGCAAGCAUUCAUUAAACCGCAUCUGGUCAGCGAGUAUGAUAUUUAUGGGUUUAGGACUGUCCCCGAUGAUGAUGAGGAGGAGAAGUUGGUCGCCAGGGUGCGUGCACUGGACCUGAAGACUCUCUACCUCACAGAAAACCAGGAAGUCUCCACUGGAGUCAAGUGGGAAAACUAUUUCGCGAGCACAAUGAACAGGGAGAUGGUGUGCUCACCGGAGCUAAAGAACCUGAUCCGCGCGGGCAUUCCGCACGAGCACCGCUCCAAGGUGUGGAAGUGGUGCGUGGACCUCCACACGAGGAAGUUCAAGGACAGCACUGAGCCGGGCUACUUCCAGGCCUUGCUUCAGAAGGCUCUGGAGAAGCAGAACCCGGCCUCCAAGCAGAUUGAGCUGGACCUGCUGCGGACUCUACCCAACAACAAGCAUUAUGCCUGCCCCGCCUCCGAGGGCAUACAGAAGCUGCGCAGCGUCCUGCUGGCCUUCUCCUGGCGGAACCCCGAUAUUGGCUACUGCCAAGGCUUAAACAGGUUGGUGGCGGUGGCCCUCCUCUACUUGGAACAAGAAGAUGCCUUCUGGUGUCUGGUCACCAUCGUGGAAGUCUUCAUGCCUCGAGACUAUUACACAAAGACUCUUUUAGGAUCCCAGGUAGACCAGAGGGUGUUCAGAGACCUCAUGAGUGAGAAGCUGCCUCGAUUGCACGCCCACUUUGAGCAGUACAAAGUGGACUACACCCUCAUCACCUUCAACUGGUUUCUGGUGGUGUUCGUGGACAGCGUCGUCAGUGACAUCCUCUUUAAAAUAUGGGACUCGUUCCUUUAUGAGGGACCAAAGGUUAUUUUCCGUUUCGCCUUGGCACUUUUCAAAUACAAGGAAGAAGAAAUCCUGAAAUUGCAAGAUUCCAUGUCCAUAUUCAAGUAUCUCCGUUCCUUCACUCGAACUGUCCUUGAUGGCAGGAAGCUGAUCAGCAUCUCCUUUGGGGACCUAAACCCCUUCCCCCUGCGCCAGAUCCGGAACCGGCGUGCCUACCACCUGGAGAAGGUCCGGCUGGAGCUGACCGAGCUGGAGGCCAUCCGCGAGGACUUCCUGCGCGAGCGGGACGCCAGCCCUGACAAAGGCGAGCUGGUCAGCGACGAGGAGGACACCUGAAUGGACACCCACCCCAGGGCGCUCGCUGUUCUUCUUGCCAUCCCAACCAAAAAAAGUGUGCCGGAAGGGUUAACCGCAGGCACAUCUCUGCUCACUUUGAUGGCAGAACGUAGGAGCCGCGACGACCGCUGAGGAUCCGCCAGGCGGAUGUCCAAAGCCAGGCUGCACUUUGUCAUUCCCACUUGGGGGCAGGGGUCUGAUCUGUUUACUGACACCUCCAUGCCGAGACAUUGGGUCGCAGGCGUCACGGUUGUGCUUGCUGCUUGCCGCCUGGUUGGUGACUCGCUGUACGGUCAGCAGCUGGCUGUUCCCGAGAGCCCGUUUACAGCGUGGGCCAGGGCGGGGGUUCCACUCUGCAGCCACCCGCCCCCGCCGCACGCCGCUCCGCCUCGGCCCUGCUCACUUAGGGCAGCCCUGGAGCGGAGCGUGGCAGAGCCAGAGGCCCGCCGCAUGGUCAGCGUGAAAAGGAAAUUAGAAAAUUGAGCACCAACCUUGUUCUAAACGGUCUUCCCUCGAAAGCCCGGGAGCCUGCUGCUGAUGGCCUCGGGCUGCCAGCCACACUCGCUCUCGGACUAGUUUUUGCUCCAUUGCACAGUCUGUCGAACAGUGGUUCCCACCCUGCCUGUUGGGGAGGGCACCUCUGCAGCCAUUUCUCAUUGCCAGCUGCUGUGGCCCAGCUUGCCCAGGGCCUGGCACAUCUCUGAGAUCUUCUGUGCAGAGUUCUUCCUACCUGAGAGGUGACCUGUGGAAGCCUCUCUCCAAAUGUGACUGGACUGAGUGGACAAGAGAAGCUUUGGGAGGUGUCCUGGCAAGACGCGGGCUCGUGCCUGGUGAGCUUCCUGGAUGGCAGCAGCCACAGCUUUCCCGUGGUGUCCAGGGCUCUGGGGUUUCCUCUGCCGCUAGUAGGGUUUGGGAGCACCACUGCUUGGGGACAAGGCUUGUGUGAGCUCUCUCAGUCUCACCGCUGUCCAGAUCAUCCUUGUCCACACACAGCAAGAAUGUGGGGUCACCGUGCUUCUAGCUUGUCAGAGCUGUUUGAAGCCCAGAGAAGCUCUGUGGGCAGGGAGGUUAUUAAGGCUCCCUCUUGGACCACCCCCGGUGGGUGGAUAGCAUGGGAAAACAUUUUCUGUCACAGUAUUAUUGGAAUACAAGGGAAACAACCCUAUACUACCUAGAAAUAAAUCGGAAAUAAUUAGUAUAAACUCACUCAGACUAAGAACUAAAAGGCAAGACGGUUUCAAGUGCUUUUUCCAUGAGUUGUUUUCCUGUUAUUUUUACUGUCAGCUUUCUAGCAGUCUCAUGGCUGAGUUGAUUUUUCAGCAUACUAUAGACUAGGUUCAACUUGUCUUUUUUUACGUUCGCUUCAUUUCUUACUGCAUAGAGGGAGCUGGUCUCUAUAUUUAGUCAAAAGCCUUUGUCUCUUGCCAGGUAUCAGAAAUGUUUUAUAUAUCCUAGUGUGUCUUGGGGAAUGCUUCAGGCCUGGCUUCUUCAAGAAACUGUCCAGACUGAACAGUAAUCUUGCUGUUCUGAGCUGCUGGGACGGAGCUGUGGGGAAGCCUCACACCCCAUGCUGGGGCAGCCACCGAGGAGCUGCACUCAGCUGCGAAGCCAGUGUCCCCUGGAAGAUGCCGAUCCAAGUGUGUACUGGGGCUGAAAUGCUCCCCUCAGAAACGGGCCUGCCCUGCCCUGUGUUCCCUAUCAGAAGGCAUCUUCAGUGCUGAGAGGGUGGCUCGGCAGCAGAGCCCUUGCCUAGCGUGGCGAGGCUCUGAUUUCCAAUACCAACACCAGUAAUAAGCCCCCACGGGGGCUGGGAGCUGAAGCGUUCCCAGGCAGUUGUCAUCAGUGGCCGGGUUGCAUCACAAAAGAGCAGUGCUGGAGGAAAUGGACUGAGGACACUUGGAGGCUGUCCUCCCUGGAAUCAAAGGCUCACUGUGCGGAGGACUGAGAGGGAAUGGUUGACCUUGUGGUCUGGGAACCAGAUGGGUUGGGCUCAUCCCAGAGCUAUGGGUCCCCACUUUUUGCAUUACCAUUUCCUAUUACCUUGUGUCACCGAGACCUGUUCUUACCCUACAGCGCCCCUGAGGUGCCCUCACCUCCACCGGCCACCAUGGCAAAUGCCCCUUCUGGCAAGGGACCCAAAACUUUGCUCAGCAUGCAGCCUCCAGGCACUGGCUGGUGUACCUAGUGGGCCUCAUGAGGAACCCAAACGCCCCACCCUCCUCGGCCCAGCCGGGGGGACCUGCCAGUGCUUCAACCGAUGGCAUUUUUUAUGAAGAGAACCUGUUCAUACUUUUAUAUAUUUUCACUACAGUUUAUAUUUUUAUAGACUAUUUUAUCAAGGUUUUUCUAGAUUCCGUACAACUAUUUUAUAUAACAAGUUCUAUUUUGUGCGCAUGACUUCCUUGUAUGUAUUUAUGUAAACCUGAGUCUCAGUUUGUUCUCCCCUCCUGUGCCACCCUUCCCUCCAGCCUUGGCUGUCACUGAAUCCCUCCUGCCCACCCCAGGGAGCCCCAGGUACUCCUUGUGUAGUCAAGCUGGUAUCUGGGCCGUAGCAGCCAAGACUUCCGACGGCUGGAAGCUUCUCUGGUGCCAUGCUACCUUGAUACAGGAAGUUCCUCAAGCAACAGCCCGUCGGUUUUUGUUAGCUAAAUGUUUGCAUCAUUGCAUGAGUCCUCCGUUGCUUUGUACAGUGCUGUCUCUCCGCUUCCUGCGCUGGGUGUGGGCAGCUGGGCCAGGCUGGGGAAGUCCUUGAAGGCAGACGCCGGAUGCCAGGCCAACGUAUGCCCGAGGAGUCUCUUUCUGAGCACCUGGAGAGCUUGAGGGCACACUGCCAGAUAUGUGACCCUGGCCUGCAUGCCAUACCUUUGUGUCUGUGCUUCUCUUCAGAUAAGAUUUUGGAAUUGUAAAGGAAGAAAUAAAUGAAUGUGUAUAA